GCCCUUAACUUGCAAUUGCUGAGCGCUUUGAGUAGUGAGAAAAUCGCUGUAUAAAUGUAAAGAAUUAUUAUUAAAACCACCUUAUCCUGAGCAAGACAUAAACCAUCCUGGAUGGGGCACAAGGCAAUCGUACACUUGGGCCAUUUUAAGCAUCGGCAGUCCACCUUAUUUGCGCUCUUAACGCUCCCAGUACAAUAGGGUAGAUGGUAAAAAAAAAAACCGUCCGCAAAGGGCACAAUAUGAAGUUCUGAAAUGGCGCUUAAAUUCCGGGCGUUUUCUACAAAGGCGCGUGAAGUCGCGUGCAUCAUCGUCAUAAUCCAGAUAUCAUGAGGGGGGCGGAUAAAUUGUUUUUUUGGUUUUUUUUUUUUUACUAGUUGGGGAUGUGGUGUGUGUGUGUGAUGAUGAAAACUACCGGGAGAGUGACCGUUGUGUGACCUCUUACAUCAGACAAGCGAGUAGUGAUGUGGUGAAAUGACACACAAGAUCAUCACCGGCUGUGUCUCGUCUUGAGCCGACAUCAUUCUGGCUGCUCACAACUUCAGAUUUCUGGAUUAAAAGUCGUGAGUGGGAAUACAAAACGAAACGAAUUAGAGCGAGUUGGACGAAAGUGCCCUGCGAUGAGCCGGCGCCUGAUAUUGCGGGGCAAGACUGCGAUUCUUCGCGAUCCUGAACUGAAUUGAACUGACGUGCACGCGUGUGACAUGCAAGAUUUAGAGUAAAGGGCAGCGGGAGCGUCUCCGUCUGCAGAUGUGCGCGCGAGCACGAGUCGGAGUUAAGGGGGAGAAGUGAACGCGAUGCCAUUUGGCACAGCAUUUGUAUCGUGAUAAACUUUAUUUGCGCGACAGCACCAGAGGUUCGGGCAGCAGGCCUGUGUGUGCGCAUUCGUUUUAAACUGAGGGGUGCACGAGAGCGUGGGUUCUUUUUAUGCGCCCUGGAGAAGUCGAGUGGAGCUCAUCGGGUUGUGUGUCCAUGAUUAGGAAUGAAAGUUCGAGUAAACAGGUGUGCGUCUGUACAACAGUGUCAAAGCAGGGGCAGGUAGGUAAUGGUCCCAAAUCGCACCGCUGACGAACACUGUGUGAACCUGAGCAAAUCACUUCACCUGUCUGCGCUCCAGUUGGGAGAAACAAAAGAAAUGGAACUAAUCCUAUGUCAAAAGUUGCAAGUCGCUUGAAUUAAGCGGUCAGCAACGUAGGUAAAUAAUAAAGGGAGUGUCAUUUUAUGGGAUCUCAAAAUAAAGGGGGAUUGUUGUCAGGGGGUCUAUAUAAUGGGACACGAGUCAGGCAGUUUUAGAGGGUGAGAAUGGGUGUCCCCCCUUUAUCUUUGACGCCGCUGCAGCCCGAUCUUGUGCAUUCGGACAUGUCGUCCCACCCGAUGGACUUGAUCGUUUAUUUCUUCGCUUGGAUUCCUUGGUCGGCCUGGCGCAUGUGAGUUCGCUGGAGUAGCCCGCAUGUGACCUGCAAAACACCAGAGAUGAGAGGUGGGUGGUGUGCAUGUGAAGGUGUGUGUCUCUGUGUGACCCCGCCCCUUCACGGGGCGUGGCGAACCGAGAGCCGUUUUUGCAUAAGUAGAGCGGGAGACGACAGCGACGGCGAUGUUUCUCUUGUAACGAUGCUGCAAACGAUGAGACUGCCAGCCAGGAGCAGCUGGACGCUCCUGCGCUGCGCGGACAACAGUGCGGGGUCUUUGGGGAAAGGAAGAAAAGAAGCGCUAACCCUAGCGGACAUGCCAGGACCGAGCCUGCCUGGGUUCAUCUAUGACCUGUUCUGCAGGAAGGGAAUGUCACGUCUGCAUGAGUUACAGUUGGAGGGCAAGGCAAAGUAUGGUCCCAUGUGGAAGGCGAGCUUUGGCCCAAUCUUGACUGUGCACGUGGCAGAGCCCACCCUGAUUGAGCAGGUGUUGCGCCAGGAGGGCCAGCACCCGAUCCGCUCGGACCUGUCUUCAUGGAAGGACUACCGACUAAGCCGUGGCCAUGCCUAUGGGCUGCUCACAGCGGAAGGAGAGGAGUGGCAGUCCAUCCGCAGCAUGCUGGCGAAGCACAUGCUGCGGCCCAAGGAGGUCGAGGCGUACGGAGACACCCUGAACUCGGUGGUCACGGACCUCAUCAGCCGGCUGGAGCACCAGAGGGGCCAAAACGAUCGCCAAGUGGUGACUGACGUCGCACAUGAGUUCUACAAGUUUGGGCUUGAAGGGAUCUCCUCGGUGCUCUUUGAGUCCCGCAUUGGCUGCCUUCAAGCCACUGUUCCCAGGGAGACAGAAGAGUUCAUCCAGGCCAUCAACACCAUGUUUGUCAUGACGCUGGUCACCAUGGCCAUCCCCAAGUGGCUGCAGUGUGUCAUCCGAAAGCCCUGGACAAAGUUCUGCCAGUCCUGGGACAGCAUGUUUGCCUUUGCAAAGAAGCACAUUGACCAGCGCAUGAAGGAGAUCGAGGACAAGCUGUCCAGAGGAGAGGCCAUCGAGGGCAAAUACCUGACCUACUUCCUGUCCAAGGAGAACCUGUCCAUGAAAUCCAUCUAUGGGAACAUCACUGAGCUGCUGCUGGCCGGUGUGGACACAAUCUCCAGCACCCUCUCCUGGUCGCUGUACGAACUCUCUCGACACCCUGACGUCCAGAGCCGCCUCUACCAGGAGAUCCAGGAGGUCCUGCAGGGUCGAGCGCUGCCUUCGGCCGCCGACGUGGGCAGGAUGCCCCUCAUGAAGGCCGUUGUGAAGGAGGUGCUCAGGUUGUACCCCGUGAUUCCCGGAAACGCGCGCGUCGUCGCCGACAAAGACAUUCUGGUUGGAGGCUACGUCAUCCCCAAAAAGACGCUCAUCACGCUCUGCCACUACGCCACGUCCCGGGACCCCGAGGUCUUCCCCGAGCCUGACAGCUUCCAGCCCGAGCGCUGGCUGACCCGAGACGAGAGUCGCCAUCCGUACGCCUCCAUCCCUUUUGGCUUCGGCAAGCGCAGCUGCAUCGGGCGGCGCAUCGCUGAGCUUGAGGUCCACUUGGCGCUGGCACGGAUCCUGCGCCGUUUCGAAGUCAAGCCAGACACAGAGGGCUGCGUGGUCCGGCCGAUGACCAGGACCCUGCUGGUGCCAGACAGACAGAUUGACCUGCAGUUCACUGACCGAUGACUGAGAUGUGGUGGGGGGUGGGGGGUGAGGGUCUUUUUCUCUUUUAUCCUGGGACGAACUUGGACGACAUACCUGCUGACUACUCUGCCCUUUCAUGACUUCAACAGCCCACCUGAAAAGCUGAUCCCAUUGUGAAGUGACAGCCGGGGUGGUAACGCUGUCAGGGAGGGGGGGCUCCAGCCCCACCCCCAUUGAAGCCCACCCAACCAAGCUGGAGAGCUGACACCAAGCAUAUUGGCCGAUAUUUAUUAACAUUUUAUUUAAAUUGCUGUUUUAUUUAUUUAUUUUAUUACAAAGCCAGCGAUUGGCUCGUGUUCUCUCUGUGGUGCACUUUGACCUGUGGAAUGUGAAUUAAACGCUUUGUUGACCUCA